AUGCUUAUUAAACUGAUUCUGGCAUUCGUAAUUGGGAGUGGAUUCAUUUUUGUGCCUGGCAGUGCACAAAAUCUGCUCGAUCGUCUACGUCCGGUGAAUGUGACCCGGUUUGAUGAUGGCAUCAAAGUGGUGUCCGGCACCAAGGUGAAGCGGUAUGAGAGACUGACGGUGCCGCUGGGAGGUCCUGCGGGUAUACCGGGAUCUGCUGGUCUUCUGGGACCACUUCUGCCACCACAACCGGCUUACUUGGGAUAUACCUAUCAGUUGGUGCCCCAAUGGCAGGCUGGGGCCAAAUUGAUGGGCGAUGGAGAGGGCGCUGGUGUGGCCGGCAUGAUCUCCUUCCUGCAGCUACCCUAUAACUCCGACAUCAAGGUUACAAUCAAUGUUACGGGAUUGCCACCUGGAAAACAUGCUCUGCACAUACACACCUUUGGGGAUCUGAGUGAUGGCUGCAAAUCGACGGGCGGACAGUUUCCUAAUAAUUUUCUUGGCAAUGUAGACACCAAGGACGAUGGCAGCAUCUCUGCGGUCUUUCAGAGUCUUUAUCUGCAGUUGUUUGGCUUUAAUGGUAUCAUCGGACGAUCCAUUGUGAUCCACAGCAAAGCUAUUGAUUUAAAUACGGCCUUAAAUGCGGAAGUUUUUUCCUCUUCGCUUCAGGCAAUGCCCAAUGCAUUGGCCUAUCAGAAUGAGGAGAACUCGGUGGGUCCGGCCAUUGCCUGUGGAGUGAUCAGUUUGAUGAGCACGGCCCCCAGUUCUUCAGGUAUGGCUACUGGAGCACCUCCUGCGGCAUCUGCAGCUCCAGCUGAGAUUUAA